AUGGCUGCCUCCGCUGUCCGAUUUGUUGCUCCUCUCCGAAGCGCCCUCAGCGUUCCCCGGUUCCGAGCUUCCUCCGCUCUCCGCUACGCCGCUCAACCAAACGUCAGACGGGCAUUCUCUCAGAGCUCAUUGCUUCAAGCGAAGAAGUACACCAAACAGCACGAAUGGAUAGAUGUGGCUGCUGAUGGCAAGACCGCUACCAUUGGUAUCACCGAUUAUGCUGCCAAGGCUCUAGGAGAUGUUGUUUACGUUGAAUUACCCGCCGUGAAGGAUGAGGUAGCUUCUGGUGACACCAUCGGUGCUGUUGAGUCCGUCAAGUCUGCCUCAGAUAUCAUGUCCCCUGCAACCGGAAAGGUGAUCGAGGUCAACACGGUGCUAGAGGAGAAGCCCAAGACCGUCAACGACUCGCCCGAGGGAGAUGGAUGGUUCGCUAAGAUUGAAAUUACCGAUUCUAGUGAACUGAACGAAUUGAUGGACGCCGAGGCAUACAAGGCCUCAUUGGAGAACACCGAUUAA